GAAGUUUCGCCGCCUUGCCUAAAGCCUUGCCAAACAAAACUGCAUCCGUCUGGGCUUUACACGUCGGAAGUGGCCCACAAAGACACCUUACGGCAGCAACCCAAACUGCUGCAGGAUACUCAAAAAGAGUCAGAAUAUGAGAGGCAACUGUGCAGGUCGACCCGUCCUGAGGACUACAAGGUGUCACGAGAAAGCAGGACCAGCGAAGACAACCUGCAGACUGCCCGUGAAGCAGAAAGAGGCUCGGGGGCACACUGGUCCUCCGAGUAUCGGUCUGCCUCUGCCGAAGGCAUGUCGAGAAGGCCCACCCCACAACUGACUGCGCAACAGAUCUUGGCCAGCCGAGUGGUCCCAGCACCACGCAGUUGUGUAAGCAAAGUGCUCAACCACAGCAGUCACACGGCAGACUUUGGAAGGCAUGGCUCGAAUCCACGGGAGAAAAUCUCUCCGUGGGAGGACAAAAUGCCGGUGUUCAAGACCGACCUAAAUGCUGGGACGACAAAAGGUACCUUACACAUCCCUGGCUACCAGGGUGUGGCUCCUACCUGUCCGGGCUUCAGUGAGCAGCAGCUCCGCGUAGCGAGGGUCCAAACCAGGUCUGUUGACAAAAGCAACAUCGUGGAGAACUUCCGCAAGAAAGUGGUUGGAUAUGGCGGGCACGUACCACAAGCAGUUUGCAACGACUUCGGGUGA